UCCGAACGCUCCGCACCGCACUGCUGGCUGCACUAGGGAUCUCCCCUUUACAAAUAGGGCAGUUUGCACGUUGUGUUCUUUUAUCUUCAGAGCCACUUCUCCGGCAUCAGGGUCACUCUUGUCACUCUUGACUGAACCGGGCUUCCUCUGGGUUCAGUCGCUGGAAAGACUGCGAUUUUCACUCAAAUCAACGACUUGUUGAUCACCUCAAAGGCCGCCUGCUUUAAAUUGCGUGAAAUCUACAGCACUCGGAAAGAGACUGGUGAAGGACAGUGACUCUCCGUUCUUUGGGUAACUUCACUGUCUAUCGUUUCGUCCACUGAAAGUCUGUCAUUCACUCUUCUCGUUCACUGAUCAGAUUGGAAUUACUGUACCCACAAGAGCUCUCAUUGCCGUUGUGCUGGGACUGUCAUUUCACUUGAGUUAGGAGACCCCAUCACCAUGUCACCCAUCCCCCCUUUAUUACAAUUGGCCGUGAUUUGGAUAAUCGCUGCUAAUGGGUCUCCCUCCACUACUGUGAAAGGAACGGAUGUUUUCCCCACCAUCGAGGACAUCUUCAAUAAAUGGUGCCUUAAGAAGGCGACAUCUAUCAUUAAGGACCCUCACCACCCAGGACAUUCCCUCUUCACGUUACUACCAUCAAGAGGUAAUCAGUCUUCCUCGAUUCGCAAUGUGACCUGUUUGUUUUAUAACGAAAACCAUGUAAACUGUACCUGGGAUAUCGAUGAGACUGCAUCACCAGAUACACAGUACUGUUUGUCUUAUGGGUUAAAUGAACCAAAGAUUUCCACUCCUUGUGGCAAGAUUGAACCGGGAAAAGUUGCUUGUUUUAUUCAUAAUUUUAAAGAGCAUUUCUAUGACAGCAUCAUAUUUUGUGUCAUGGAUUCCUGUCAACAACCAAAGACUAUUCACUGCACACCUAUUGUACCAGUGGAAUGUUAUAAAACCAGUCCCCCAGUUAAUGUCACAGUGAGUGGAAGUGAAGUUGUAUGGAAGCCACCAAUUGGUGAACAUCAUUCAAGAAUAUUUGAAUAUCAAAUACAGGUUACAGAUUUGCACACCAAAGUGGCAAAGGUCGAAGAUCUGGAUCAGGAAAAAUGGGAUAUCAAAGAUCUGUCAAAAAGCUAUGCUGUGCAAGUGAGAGCAAAAAUUAACCACUUUCUUGAAGUCAAACAGGAAGAUUUCAUAUGGAGUGACUGGACUCGCUCUGUCUUUACAGAACCAGAACAGACAAAUCACAUGAUUUUGAAAAUCUUUAUUGUGACGGCAAUUAUUACGAUUCUGAUGGUGUUGCUGCUGAUGUUCAUUUGCAGAAGGUACAAGUUACUAGAACACCUGUCUCAACCUAUCCCUGAUCCUAAACAGAAAUUUAAUGGUCUGUUUGAGAAUUAUAAUGGAGAAUUUCAGUGGAUUAACGCCAAUCAUCCGGAGACCAAAGACCCCAAAGAAUGUGACGCAGUUAUUGUUGAAGACUAGAGCCUGGAACUCGGAUUAGAAAAUAGUUAUUUGCACCAGAUUUUUGUUAAUAUGUUUUGAAGUGUUUGUACCAUUCCAGGUAGAUGUCCCAUGGGGGAAUAGGGCCAAGGAUUACUUUCACCAAUCACCCUAGCUUGGUUGUCAUUGCUCUGUCAUUUUUUUGCAUUCAAGAUGACAUUAUCAACAUACUUGGCACAGGUUUCUGACUUGCCAGAGAAACUGGAUCAAUAGGGGUGUGACCUUCAGCUUUUGUUGUUCACCUACUGUUAAGCAUGAACCAAAUUAAGGAGAAGUUAGAAACCAUAAGGGGUUCCUGCUGGGACAUUAAUUUCAUGUUUGCUGUGUCCUCCAUGCUAAUUUAUAUGUUUUGCUCUUUUGUAUCCAGGUAAUUCCGAGAAAAAUUGCAGCACCUCUGUAUUGUUCCUCUUAGAAGCUGCAGUUUAUGGUGACGAUACUCCCAUUAUUCAAAUGGCAGUCACGUGGUUGCAUCAUGGGGUGCAGUCAAGUAGCUCCAUAGUCUGAGGACCUCAUCAGGCAUCCAGUGCACCAUUUCACCACCACCCCCCCACCCCACAUAAUAUGCAGCCCCUCCUCCAUUCCCAUCCCACCUCCAUCUUCCCCUCAUCUCCAUGGCAACCUUGAUGCUCCCCGUGUGGCUGCCAUGGAAACCGAACUUUGACAGAGCUGACCUGCUUCCUAGUCAGCAAGUGCAAAUAGCACAGUUCGUCAGGCCCCUGCUGCCCGUAAUCACAGGACGCUCAGCAUUGCUGGGGGCUAACCAUGAUAGUGAAAGUGACCCCUUAAAGCCAGGAUACCUCAACUUCAGGGUCCUAUUUUUGAAGACCCAUCUCUUCCUCCCCAAUUUGGUGUUAGCACUAUGCACAGCGCACAAUUAAUGCACCAAGGGUCUAAUUGAAUUCCUGGGCACAGAGGUUUAUGUGUCAAAUUGUGGAUGGGUUGGAGCCAAAGCAUUUGUUGCAGUAGGAAAGAAUUGCAACAAGAGAAUGUUUUACAUGUUUAACCAGUUACCAGUAUUACUUCCCUGUUAUGUGUGUGUGUGUGGUAACUCAGCUGCUGAAAUGCAUUAUGCAGUCCUUUCUUAUUUGCUGGAAGCUGCAUUCUUCUAUAACAUGGGUCAUCCUGACUCAGAAGUCUUGCAUCUCAUGGAGGAGGGACAGAAAACCCCACAUCCAAAACCAAUAGGUGCUCUGUGGAGCAAUUUAAAGUGAAACUUAUCUGUAAAAAUCCCACCCCACAGAAGUACCUUCCUUCAGCUUGCUGUAAAUGAUCCCAUGACAGAACUCAGAGGAAGAGUAGGGAAACUGCCUGGUGUCCCGGACAAUAUAUCUUCAUAUUGGAUUGCUUGAGGGAUCUUGCUGUGAGCUCUGUUUCCUCCUUUAUACAAGUAACUACACUUCAAAAGGUUGUAAAUUUGAUUGGGACAUCUUGCAUCCAUGUAAAUACUUUUUUUUAAAUUUCUAAACCACUCUUGUGCUGAGAGGGUAAUGUAUCUGGGUGGGACUUGCAGUUGUGGUCUGCUCAAUGGCACAGAAAUUCCCUUCUUACCUUAUAACUUUUCCAUUAAGACAACCCUAAGAACUUACAGACGGCAAUAAGUUAUCAUCAGGAAACCAUCGAAGUGUCAUAAAAACAGAAAAUGCUGGAAAAGCUCAACAGUUCAGGCAGCAUCAAUGGAAAGAGAAACAGAUUUCAGAACUCCUGCACCUACAGUUUAUCUCUUUACCAUGAUGUGAUAAUUUGGUCCACUGAUGUCCUUCAGGGAAGGAAAUUAUUUACACCUCUGUGUGACUUCAGAUCCACUGUAAUGGGGCUCAACAAGCCCACUUGGUGGUCACCAAGGUGGCCUUCAGUGUGUGGACCAAGAACAUGUCAUAGAAUCUAACGAGUAACAGACCUUUGCCAGAAUGUCCGAAAAUGGAGAAAUUAGAAUUGUUCUCCUCACAGUAAAGAAGGUUGAGAUGAGAUUUAUAAAUUCACGAUGGGUUUGUGGAAAGUAGAUUGCAGCAUGCUGUUGUGCAGAGGGACUUGGGAGUGCUUGUGCAUGAAUCGCAAAAGGUUGGUUUGCAGGUGCAACAGGUUAUCAAGAAGGCAAAUGGAAUGUUGGCCUUCAUUGCUAGAGGGAUUGAAUUUAAGAGCAGGGGGUUUUUGCAAUUGUACAGGGUUCUUGUAAGGCUGCACCUGGAGUACUGCGUGCAGUUCUGGUCUCCUAACUUGACGAAAGAUAUACUGGCUUUGGAGGCGGUGCAGAGGAGGAUCACCAAGUUGAUUCCGGAGAUGAAGGGGUUAGCCUAAGAGGAGAGAUUGAGUCGCCUGGGACUAUACUCAAUGGAAUUCAGAAGAAUGAGAGGGGAUCUUAUAGAAACGUAUAAAAUUAUGAAAAGGAUAGAUAAGAUAGAGACAGGAUAAUUGUUUCCACUGGUAGGUGAGACUAGAACUAGGGGACAUGGCCGAAAGAUUUGGCAGAGUAGAUUUAGACGGAGAUGAGGAGGAACUGCUUUUCCCAGAGAGUAGUGAAUCUAUGGAAUUCUCUGCCCAGAGAAACGGUAGAGGCUACCUCAUAAAUAUAUUUAAGACACAGUUAGAUAGAUUUUUGCAUAGUAAGGGAAUUAAGGGUAACGGGGAAAAGGUAGGUCAGUGGAUCUGAGUCCGUGGCCAGAUCAGCCAUGAUCUUAUUGAAUGGCGGAGCAGACUCGACGGACCAGAUGGCCUACUCCUGCUCCAAUUUCUUAUGUUCUUAUAAAUAGAUGGUUCAAGGAUCAGCAAAUAUUAAUUUAAAAUAUAGGGUAAAGUGUACCGAGGAUAUGAGGAAAAGCACUUUACACAGAGAGUGGUGAUGAUCUGGAACUCAUUGCCUGUAGGGGUGGUGGAUUGAACUGGGCCUUCAAAACACAAUUGGAGGGGCACCAGACAGAGAAUGUGUGGGGGAAUGGGGCUGAUGGGAUUGUGCAGAACUGAUGGGCAGAGCAGCCUCUUUCUGUGCUACAAUAGUUCGACAACCCUGUGAAGAGGUCAUAAGAAUGGCCGCAGCCCCUAAGCUUGGAAAACCCCUCAUCAUGGGUAUGCUUCAGUUUUGGGGACGAGGGCUAUUCCAUUAGUGUUGACCAGGAUUUCAUCCUUAACCCCAAGAACCCCAAUUAUUCUCAUGUAGUACCAGAUGCUCUUGGUCAAAACCAGGCAGGCUCAGGUUAAGGAGAAGCAAGGAAUUUUUCUUGCAUUCUGCCUAAAUUUAAUAUCAGAUCAACCAUGAUAUCAUUAAAUGUCGGAGAAGGUUUGAGGGGCUCUCCACUGCUCCGAAUUCAUAUGUUCAUACAUAUAUACCUCAACCAAUGAAAUUCAGAUUGAAAAACAGAUCUGCUUCAUGACAGUUUACAGGUUGGAGUAAUUGCUGUGAUUUUCCCUGCACUUGGAAAGAUAAAGGUCAUCACUUCAAGCACUUUAAGAUAUUUACACAAUGGAGAAAUGUUAUAUGACUCUAACUCCUUUUAUUAUUUUCAGUAAAAUUAAGCUCAGUUGACAGAGCACUUAGCUCAGAGUCAAAAGGCUGUGGGUCCAAGCCUCACGUAGAACAUUGAGAUGUGUUGCACAUUGGUGUCGCACCGAGGGAGGUGCUAUCUUUGAAUGUUAAAGACUGCCUGUCUGCCGAAGAGGAACGCUCAAUAUUCACUGCUUACGUGGAGCACAGUGACACAUUUAAAAGAUGGUUUGACUAUGGCAACAGAGGGAUAUAAUGUCAGAACAGGAAGAGGUGUUUUGAGUAGUAGUUGUAACAUUGGCUCAAGUUCUCCCCUUCCUUAUCUGACUAAUGAGACGCAAAAGUGACCUUUCUUGUUGGUAAGCAUGCAGUGGUGAUGGAAAUAUUAACAUUAUGAAAUACAUGGAAUGAUCUAAUUCACUGGUAUCUUUGAAACUGGGGAGAACUCCAGGUAAAAACUGUUACCUCAGAAAUGUGCACAGUGUGGCUAUGUAUAAAAACGAUGAAAUAUUCAAGUGAUAUUUGACUGGAUUAAUGGAAAGACAGGGACUUAUUAAAAAAAUCUUAUUUGAUAUUUAUACAUAUUUUUCUGGUAUUACCUUGUAAACAGAGAUGAAAGAAAAUAAAAUAAAUUUAUA